GGAGACAAUGUGCAGAGUGGGUGGGCUCUCUGAUUGACGUCUCUCACAGUCAAUCCAAAUAUUUCUGGAGCAACAUGAGUUUCCCGAAACUUGGGAAACUGACCGGGGAAAUGGAGGUGACUUUGAGCAGCAGAUCAGGUGGGGAUUUAAACUUGUCAUUGUCCCAUCUGAAUAAAACCUCACUUAUUGCAGCUGCUGUCUCAGUUCCCCUGGUAAAUGUUUGACAGAGAUUUCUAGUGUAGGAGUAGCGUUCUUCAUCGGAGACUUUCAAACUGACAACAUCAGUGUGGGAUGUGUAUCCUGGUAUGUAUUUGACGGCAGAUCAGAAGAGGAAGACCUAAAGGUAGAGAAGAUGUACAAUGGUGGGAUCCGAAUGUGCACAGGACGAACGGAUCACAAGUAAAAGGAACGCCCGAGAGGGGCACGAAACGCUGGGACAAGGAUGGGCGGAACAGAAGAGAGAGCGUAAGGGAAAGGAUUGCACCAUACUACACCAGAGAAUACAGAGAGGAUAGACAGUGCCGGGAACAACUGCAAAACUGUGGGAAACCAUCCAGUUCUUUCACAGCAUUGCUCAAUACAGAGAAGGUUGGGCAGUGAAACCAUCAUCUGGAAAUCAGUUGGGUCAGGGGAGUUUUGACAUAUCAUCAGAUCUGAAACUGGUCAGAGGUAUGGAGCCUUCCAUUAGAACCAACCCUUCUGAAAAUCCGGCUGUGGGUGAUCAGUCAGUGUGAAGCUGGGACAAAGUGUGAGUACAGUUCAAAUGUGGUGAAAGUUUCACUCAAUCACCAAGUCUCUUGGACCAAUGACUCAAUCCUGCAGGUGAAAGGCUGUGUGAGGAGCAGCUCCACAGCUUCUUGGAAUCUCUUAACACAAAAUAUGCAUGUCUUGUACCUUUACAGUGGUGAGAUGUCAUUUAAGUGUGAGAUGUGUAACAAGUGCUUUGCAGAAUCAUUAGGCCUGGUGACACACUGGCGCAUUCACACGGGGAAGAAACCAUUCACAUGUGAGGUGUGUGACAAGUCAUUCAUGAAGUCUGCAAACCUCAAAACACACCAACGCAUUCACACAGGGGAGAAACCAUUCACUUGUGGAGUGUGUGAUAAAUCAUUCUCAGACUCAUUGGCCUUUUGCAGACACAAACACAUUCACACAGGGGAGAAACCAGUCAGGUGUGAGGUGUGCAACAAGUCAUUCUCUGACUCAUCGUCCCUCAGUGCACACAAACGAAUUCAUAAAGGAGAGUACCCCUUCAGGUGCGAAGUUUGUGAGAUGGCUUUCACCUGGUCCUCAGAUCUCCUGAGGCAUCGACGUAUCCAUACUGGAGAGAAACCAUUCAAGUGUGAAGAAUGUGACCAAGAUUUCACACGGUCAUCAACACUUGUGGAACAUCGGCGCAUUCACACUGGGGAAAAACCGUUUGAAUGUGAGGUGUGUAACAAGGGUUUUGCAAGAUCAUUAGACCUUUUAAAACACCAUCGCACUCACACUGGCGAUAAACCAUUCAGGUGCAUGGUGUGCGACAAAUCCUUUAGGCGGUCAUCAGACCGCUGGCAACACCAACACAUUCAUACAAGGGAGAAGCCAUUCAAAUGUGAACUGUGUGACAAAUCAUUCUCACAUUCAUCGAAACUCCUGCUUCAUCAAAGGAUCCACACAAAGGAGUAACCCUUGAAGUGUGUAGUUUGCAAUAAAGCUUCAAUCAUGCCUUCAAAAAAUAGAGACAUCACACGAUUCACGUGGGAGAAACUGCUGAGUUGCAAUGCUUGUAAAAGACCUUCAUCCACUUCCCCGAUUUCCCUAAACAGGAGCAGAAGUACAUUAGUGAGGUAUGUGUCAACAUAUCUCCUGGUUCACAAACACAUUCACACAGGCAUAAAACCCUGUCAGUGUGAGGUGUAUAAUAAAACUUUGAAACGUUGUCUUACCUCCAUGAUCAUUAGUGAACCCACAUGGGAGACAGGCCCUUCCAGUGUGAUGUGCGCCAGGAUUAUUUCACCUAAUUCUCUUUCACCAGACAUCUUCAUAUGGACUUGAAACCAUGUCACCUGCUUCUGUUUACCCUCUAGUGCUCACGCAUGGGAAAGCACUAGCUGUCUCAAACCUCUCCCACCAACAAUCCAGAUUUUUUAAGAGGCCAGUUAUAUGUUAACCAGAUUGUUAAACAUAACCAUUUGAAGACAUUAGUAUGUAUAAAAGCUCCUGUUUAUGCACAAAUGCCACUGUUUUUCUGGAACAAUCUUUUAGUUACAGGAGGUAGGCAACUUAGGAGAAUGUAUGUCACAAUUUUCCUUGCUAUGGGCAAUAGGGAAAUAUAUGUGUGAAAUCUGAAGCGUGAUUUAAUCUCUCUAUAUAAAGAUAGUUACAAUUCUCAUGUUAGUGAAGCUAGGGGAGUUCCUUUUCCUCCAAAUCCAUAAGACGGGUUCUUGAUUCUUGAUCUGUACUAAUGUUUGCCAGCUUUGAAGCCCUUGGCUGGUAUAUCAUCAAAGUUGCAGGCUUUGUUGAUUGCUUGUUACAGUUGUCCCAUUUGUGGUGACGCACUCCUGUACUCUACAACAAGGCGUGGAGGAUAGACUACAGGGUAUCAGCUGUCCCGUAGAUUCAUGGUUGAGGAUAUUGAAAAUGAUUUUUCCAGGAUUAAUGGAUGGAAUUGUCAUCCUUGAGAAGAUUAACACUAUCCUGUGAAUGAAGGGGAUUUUGCACAUUUCUCUUCAGUCUUUCAAUCCUUCUGUUGAUUUCAGAAAAGAUUUUCAUGACCAUAUUGUUGGAUGUCUUGGACCUUCUCUUCCCAGCAUGUCCUUUACAGUCUGGAUUUGUCUUUGGGGAUGAGCCUUCAGCUGUCCCCAUUUGGUUAGAGUGGUGCAGACAUAAGGUACAAAAUUGACAUGGAUUUCAACCUUCCAGAUGAACCCCCAACUUGUUAUUUGAAGUUCAACAAAUCCAAGAAAAUUGUUGAGAGCAACACCAGAAAUUCUUCUUUACAUAUAUUGAUGUGAUAAAAUAAUUGACUCAGUAAUUUGGGAGGACCUAUGGAUUAUGCUCCAAUGAUUUGAAGGUCCCAGAAACAACAUCACAAUCCUGCAACUGAUUCAUGGUGAUAUGACUGUAAUUGUCUUGAGUGGGAGAUCUGAAACAGAAACCUUCGAAAUCCAGACUGGUGUUAAACAAGGCCAUGUGAUAGUCACCAUUCUAUUUACGAUCUGACAAUGACCAUUCACCUCAUCGAAGAUCAACACAUUUGACUUGAUUUGAUUUAUGAUUGUCAAGUACUGAAAUACAGUGAAAUAAAUAUUGUUUUAUGUGCUAAUUAGACAAAUCAUACCUUACAUAAGUACAUCAGGGUAGUAGAACAGAAUGCAGAAUACAGAAUACAGUAUAGUGUUACAUCUACACAGAAGGUGCAGAGAAAGAUCAACUCUAAUACAUGAGAGGUCCAUUGAUGCGUCUGAUAACAGUGGGAAAGAAGGUGACCUUAAAUCUGUUGGUAUGUAUUUCCAAACUUGUGUAUCUU